UCUUCAGAGAUGGGUUCAUAAAAGCCAUCGGUCCUGCUGAUGCUAUCCAAAAACAGUUUUCAGAAGAAACAUUUGAAGAAAGAAUUGACUGUUCUGGGAAAUGCAUCUUGCCAGGUUUAGUGGAUGCACACACACAUCCAGUAUGGGCUGGAGAAAGAGUUCACGAGUUUGCAAUGAAGUUGGCAGGAGCCACAUACAUGGACAUCCAUCAGGCUGGAGGAGGGAUCAACUUCACGGUGGAGCGCACUCGCCAGGCCUCUGAGGAGGAGCUGUAUAGCUCCUUCCAGCAGCGGCUUGGAUGCAUGAUGCGGGCGGGCACCACGCUGGUGGAGUGCAAGAGUGGAUACGGCCUCAGCCUGGAGGCGGAGCUCAAGAUGCUGCGGGUGAUUGAGCGUGCCCGGCGGGACUUGGACAUCGGCAUCUCGGUCACUUACUGCGGAGCCCACUCCGUGCCAAAAGGAAAAACUGCUUCUGAGGCCGCUGAUGACAUCAUCAACAACCACCUCCCAAGGCUGAAGGAACUUGGCAGAAAUGGGGAAAUACACGUUGACAAUAUAGAUGUGUUCUGUGAAAAGGGUGUCUUUGAUCUUGAUUCCACCAGAAGAAUUCUUCAAAGUGGGAAAGAUAUAGGGUUACAGAUUAACUUCCAUGGGGAUGAGCUCCACCCCAUGAAGGCUGCUGAGCUUGGGGCGGAACUGGGAGCGCAGGCCGUCAGUCACCUGGAAGAAGUGAGUGAUGAAGGCAUCGCUGCCAUGGCAACAGCCAGGUGCUCCGCUGUCCUCCUGCCCACCACGGCCUACAUGCUGAGACUGAAGCAACCUCGAGCCAGGAAAAUGUUAGAUGAAGGAGUCAUAGUGGCCCUGGGCAGCGAUUUUAACCCUAAUGCGUAUUGUUUUUCAAUGCCAGUGGUCAUGCAUCUGGCGUGUGUGAACAUGAGAAUGUCCAUGCCCGAGGCCUUGGCCGCUGCCACCAUCAAUGCCGCUUAUGCCCUGGGAAAAUCACAUACACAGGGAUCUUUGGAAGUUGGCAAGCAGGGAGAUCUCAUUAUCAUCAAUUCACCCAGAUGGGAGCAUUUGAUUUACCAGUUUGGAGGUCAUCAUGAAUUAAUUGAUUAUGUUAUCGCUAAAGGAAAAGUCAUCUAUAAAAAAUGAUAGAUCUAUAAGGAAAGAGGAGACUCUUCAACUGUAUAAGUCAAUACAGUUAUAUUAAGAGUUAAAAUACCUUAGUAGUUUAGCAGAAUGAUGUCAUUUAAAUAUAUUUCAAUAUUUUGUUAAUCCACUUGAAAAACCCAAGGGAUUCAAUUACUUUAACAUGUGCACAUUGACAUAUAAUCAGGUAAACAACUUGUGAUGAUAGUCUCAAACAUUAACUUCACAAAGUUUUGUUAUAAAUAUUCUGCAGAUUAAUUCAUUAGUGUCCUCUGAGGGGAGGGUGUUCUUCUAUUUCUAAUUACUUCUCAACCCUUACAAUAGAGCUUCAUGACAGAGUUCAAGACUUGUCAUUUUGUACACAGGUACAGGGACCUUCUUGUAAUGGAUGCAUUUUGAUCAAAUCCAAUAAUACACUUUUUAAAAAUUGUUUUUAAUUUUUUGAUUCUUCACAUUAAUUACAAAUGUCUGAAAAAUUUUAUAGCUCUCAAUAAAUACUUUCUAUCACUA